AAAUUAGAAAUUGAGAAUAAUUUAAUUUAAAACAUUUAGAAGAAGUAUUACGAUAACACUUUAAUUUUAUCACAAUAGCAUAAAAUUUUCCAACAAGUAAGCUUAUUUUUAAAGCGUAAUGGUUGACAGAAAAAGGAUUAAGAUUGGUAUAAUCGGGGGGUCCGGAUUCGAUGAUCCAAAUCUAUUUGAGAAUCCCAUCGAGAGGGAUAUUACAACACCUUUUGGGAAACCCUCGGACGUCUUACUAGAGGGUUCCAUCAAAGGUGUUUCCUGUGUUCUGUUGGCCAGGCAUGGAAGAAAACAUCAAUUUCAACCAAGUGACGUCAACUAUCGCGCAAACAUCUGGGCCUUGAAGCUGGUGGGUUGCACGCAUAUCCUGGCCACUACGGCAACUGGUUCACUCGUGGAGCAGUACCGGCCUGGAGACUUGGUUGUUUUGGACGAUUUCAUUGAUAGGACAUGGGGUCGUCAAUGCACGUUCUACGACCGGACGGAGGGCGGUCCGCGUGGCGUGUGUCACCUGCCUAUGAAGCCGGCCUUCUGCGAGAAAGCGCGACAAGCGCUGCUCAGCGCUGCACGCAGCAGAGGCCACAUCUGCCACGAGAGCGGGACCGCCGUCACUAUUCAGGGACCUAGGUUUUCCAGUCGUGCUGAAAGUUUAAUGCAUCGCCAAUGGGGCGGACACGUCGUCAACAUGACCACCGUACCUGAAGUAGUACUAGCGAAGGAAGCAGGUCUGAGCUACGCGGCUGUCGCGCUCGUCACAGACUACGAUUGCUGGAGGGAGAACGAACAAUCGGUAUCAGUUAGCGAAGUUCUGGAGAUGUUUGCGAGGAACAUCAAGAAGGCUAUCGAUGUAAUCGUGGAAGCUGUGCAGAUACUCGCUGCAGAUUCAGACUACACAUACCUCGAUUGCCACAAGGACCUCGUGACAUCUGCUAUUAUGUUAAAACAGUAAACUGUUUAUGAAACAAUAUACAAGCAAUGAAGAAUUACGACUUUACCCAUAAAUGUUGCUUAGAGGGUGAUUAGUUAAACAAUUGUCGUUUUCUUUCGUAUAACAAAAUAAUGAUGACAUAAAGAGAAGUAUCUGUGUAACUUGAAACGCUAAAUAAGAUUUAUAAAUAAGGCCGUUAGUAAUUAAGCGAAUUGUAUUUACUUUCAAUGUAUUUUCAUUUCGAAAUAAAACAAUGCAUUUAUGCGUACAAUA